AUGUCCAAACGAACCAGCGCGUCCGCCGCGAAUGGCGUUGCCUCAAAAGAGGGCGCCCGACUUGAUCUGCCGACAUCGGAUAAGCAGAAGAUCCUGCUCUCGACCGACGCCGGACACUUCUCGCUCAUCCGCGCGUUGCAUUUGGCAGAUCUCAUCACCGAGAUGAACGGCCUCUGCGGUAUCCUCUCCGUUUUCUCGUCGAUGCGCUAUUGCGUUGGCGACUCGGCGCAACACGGCAACCUCUGGGCGGCCCUCUCCCUCCUCCCCUUCGGCCUCUUCUUCGACUUCCUCGACGGCAAGGUGGCACGCUGGAGGAAAAAGAGCAGCAUGAUGGGGCAGGAACUCGAUUCCCUCGCCGACCUGAUCUCCUUCGGCGUCGCCCCCGCGGCGGUGGCCUUCGCGAUCGGGAUCCGCACGCCGCUCGACCACCUCUGCCUGGGCUUCUUCGUGCUGUGCGGGCUGACGCGGCUGGCGCGGUUCAACGUGACGGCGGCGGCGAUCCCCAAGGACGCGACGGGCAAGGCGCGCUACUUCGAGGGCACGCCGAUCCCGACGACGCUCGGCCUCGACGCCCUCAUGGCCUGGUGGCUGUCCAACGGUUGGAUCCACGAUGCCCUGCCCGGCGGCGUGUGGUUCGCCGGCUCCGCCUUCGAGCUCCACCCCGUCGUGCUGCUGUUCAUGGUCCACGGGUGUUUGAUGACCAGCAGGACGAUCCAUAUCCCCAAGCCGUAG